GGCUUAACUGAUGUAUACAAUAAAGUUCACAUGGGCAGUUGUGCUGAAAAUACAGCUAAACAAUGUGGCAUAAGUAGAAUACAGCAAGAUGAUUUUGCUUUAAGUAGUUACAAAAAAAGUGCUGAUGCGUGGAAACAAGGGCACUUUGCUCAAGAGAUCGUUCCAGUCAACAUUCCUCAAAAAAAAGGUAAACCUGAUAUUGUUGUAUCUGAAGAUGAAGAAUUUAAAAGAAUAAAUGUUGAAAAGUUUAAAAAAUUGAAUACAGUUUUUCAAAAAGAAAAUGGAACAGUAACUGCUGGGAAUGCAUCAACGAUUAAUGAUGGAGCUGCAGCUUUAGUUUUGACAAAUGAAAAUGUUGUAAAAGAAUUAAAUUUAAAACCUCUAGCUAGAGUAGUUGCAUUUCAAGAUGGUGCUACCGAUCCUAUUGAUUUUCCGAUUGCCCCAGCAUUUGCUAUACCCAAACUGUUAAGCAAAAGUGGUGUAUCUAAAGAUGACAUAGCAUUAUGGGAAAUAAAUGAAGCUUUCAGUGUAGUUGUCUUAGCUAAUAUAAUGAAACUAGAUCUCGAUCCAUCUAAAAUCAAUGUUCAUGGUGGAGCUGUUAGCUUAGGUCAUCCAAUUGGGAUGUCUGGUGCCAGGAUCAUAGUUCAUUUGGCUCAUGCAUUAAAACCAGGACAAAAAGGUGUAGCUUCCAUUUGUAAUGGAGGUGGUGGAGCAUCAUCAAUUCUUAUUGAACGUUUAUAAUUCUUUAUAUAAUUUAUAAGAAGUAUUUUUACUUCACAAAUCUUAUUAUUUAAUAUUUAAUUAUUGCAGUGUAGUUAUGAGAUAAGACUGCAGUUACUUAUUUUCAUACAUGUUAAAUAUAUGAAAUGAUUAUUAUAUUUUAAAAUUUACACGGGUAAGGAAAUUAUUUUGAAAAAUAUUAUUAAAACCGAUAUCAUAUUUUAUUAAAAUUGUUCAACUAUUUAUUUAUUUUAAUC